GCACUGAUGUAGAAAUAAAGUCAAACACUGUCGAGGUCUAUUACUUGUGGUGUGGCUAGUGCUCUGUGCCUUGCAGUGGGGAGUAGGGCUGCUCUCACAAGGGUGGUCUGUGGCCCUGUUUGAGUGAAGUUUGGAAGGUGUGCAGGAUGGCUCCAAACGAGGCAGGGGAUGAACUUGUUUUCUUUGUGAAUGGUAAAAAGGUGGUGGAAAAAAAUGUGGACCCAGAAACAACCUUGCUACUUUAUCUACGAAGAAAAUUGGGCCUGUGUGGAACCAAACUAGGCUGUGGAGAAGGUGGAUGUGGUGCCUGCACUGUUAUGAUAUCCAAGUAUGAUCCCUUUCGGAAGAAAAUCCUCCACCAUACUGCCAAUGCUUGUCUCUUCCCUGUCUGUGCUCUGCAUCAUGUGGCUGUAACUACUGUUGAAGGCAUAGGAAACACAAAAUCCAGACUGCACCCAGCCCAGGAGAGAAUAGCAAAAAGUCAUGGGUCCCAAUGUGGCUUUUGCACUCCAGGCAUUGUCAUGUCCAUGUACACAUUGCUUCGGAACAACCCCGAGCCCCACAUGGAGGACAUUGAAGAUGCUUUCCAAGGGAACUUGUGUCGGUGUACAGGCUACAGACCCAUUCUGGAAGGAUACAGGACAUUUGCUAAAGACAUGAAUUGCUGUGGCAGAAUUGCCAAUGGCACAGGAUGCUGUCAUAGUGGGAGGGAAAAUACCAUGAAUGGGGGCUGCUGUGGAGGAAAAGCCAAUGGUCCAGGCUGCUGCAUGAAUGGAAAAGAAGGCAGUAUGAAAAUGACAUCCUCCAGCCUGUUCAAUUCCUCUGAGUUCCAGCCACUGGAUCCCACACAGGAGCCAAUCUUCCCACCAGAGUUAAUGACUCAGAGUAACAAACAGCAGAAGCAGAUGUGUUUCAAAGGCGAGCGUGUGACGUGGAUCCAGCCCACGACUCUCAAUGAACUGGUGGCUCUCAAAUCCCAGUACCCCAAUGCCAAACUCGUUGUGGGGAACACAGAAGUGGGUAUCGAGAUGAGGUUAAAGAACCUGCUGUAUCCAGUGAUUAUAGCACCAGCAUGGAUCCCUGAAAUGAAUGCUGUUCAGCACACUGAAACAGGGGUCACCAUUGGCGCUGCCUGUACCCUGAAGUCAGUGGAGGAGGUGAUGAGAAAAGCUGUGGCAGACCUUCCUCCAUACAAAACAGAGAUCUUCCAGGCUGUCCUGGAGCAGCUGCGCUGGUUUGCAGGGCCACAGAUCAGGAAUGUUGCUGCUAUUGGUGGGAACAUAAUGACAGCAAGCCCAAUUUCUGACUUAAAUCCUGUGUUAAUGGCAAGUGGAAGCAAACUGACUUUGGUAUCCAAAGAGGGCAAAAGGACUGUCACGAUGGAUGAGAAGUUUUUCACUGGCUACAGAAAGACAAUAGUUAAGCCUGAAGAAAUACUUCUCUCUGUUGAAAUACCCUACAGCAAAAAGGGUGAAUACUUCUCAGCUUUCAAGCAGGCUUCCCGUCGUGAGGAUGACAUUGCUAUUGUGAACUGUGGGAUGAGGGUCCUGUUCCAAGACGGCACAAGCCGAGUGGAGGAGAUAAAGCUCAGCUAUGGAGGAAUGGCUCCUACCACUGUCCUGGCACUAAAAACUUGCAAGGAACUCACUGGCAGAGACUGGAACGAGAAGCUGCUGCAGGAUGCCUGCCGCUUGCUGUCGGGGGAGAUGGAUCUGUCUCCUUCUGCUCCUGGGGGCAUGGUGGAUUUCCGACGCACGCUCACCCUCAGCUUCUUCUUCAAGUUCUACCUGACAGUCCUUCAGAAACUGAGCAAGAGUGGCACUAAAACUGUGAGUGAGCCCGUCCCUUCGAACUACAUCAGUGCCACAGAGCUCUUUCACAAAGAUCCCAUUGCAAAUGCCCAGCUCUUCCAAGAAGUGCCCAAGGGGCAGGCUGUGGAAGAUAUGGUGGGCAGGCCUCUGGUGCAUGUUUCAGCAGCCAAACAAGCCAGUGGAGAAGCUGUGUACUGUGAUGACAUCCCUCACUACGAGAACGAGCUGUACCUAACGCUGGUGACCAGCACUAAGGCCCACGCUAAGAUCCUUUCUGUAGAUGCAUCUGAAGCUCAGAGUGUUCCUGGCUUUGUGUGUUUCGUCUCUGCCAAGGAUGUUCCUGGCAGUAACGUCACUGGCAUCGCUAAUGAUGAGACUGUCUUUGCUGAGGACGUGGUCACCUGUGUGGGUCAUAUCAUCGGGGCAGUCCUUGCAGACACACAGGAACAUUCCAGGAGAGCAGCCAAAGCUGUGAAGAUUAAGUAUGAAGAACUUAAACCUAUUGUCACAAUUCAGGAAGCGAUUGAGAAACAAUCUUUCUUUAAGGAUAUAAAGAGGAUUAAAAAGGGAGAUGUGAAGAAAGGAUUUGAAGAAUCUGAUCACAUUUUGGAAGGAGAGAUGUACCUUGGUGGUCAGGAGCAUUUCUACCUGGAAACUCACUGUACUUUGGCUGUGCCAAAGGGAGAAGAUGGUGAGAUGGAACUCUUUGUGUCAACCCAAAACCCAAUGAAGACACAGGAGUUUGCUGCUAACGCACUGGGAGUGCCUUCAAAUCGGGUUGUGGUUCGAGUGAAAAGAAUGGGAGGAGGAUUUGGAGGAAAAGAGACUAGGAGUACUAUUUUGACAUCUGUAGUGGCUGUUGCAGCCUUCAAAACUGGCCGUGCAGUGAGGUGCAUGCUGGAUCGAGAUGAGGACAUGCUGAUAAGUGGUGGCAGGCACCCCUUCCUGGGGAGGUACAAGGUUGGAUUCAUGAAGAAUGGGAAAGUCAAGAGUCUGGAGGUGUCAUACUACAGCAAUGGAGGCAACUCUGUUGACCUGUCUCAUGGUGUAAUGGACAGAGCCCUGUUACACUUGGAUAACUCCUACAACAUCCCCAAUGUCAGCAGCGUGGGCAUUGUUUGCAAGACCAACUUGCCUUCCAACACAGCCUUCCGUGGCUUUGGAGGGCCCCAGGGAAUGAUGAUUGCUGAGUGCUGGAUGAGUGACCUUGCUCGGAAGUGUGGCCUGCCCCCUGAGGAGGUGCGGAAACUCAAUCUCUACCACGAAGGAGACACAACUCAUUUUAACCAAAAGCUGGAGGGAUUUACUCUACGAAGAUGCUGGGAUGAGUGUUUGUCCAGCUCCAGCUAUCAUGCUAGGAAGAAACUGAUUGAAGAAUUCAACAAGCAGAACCGCUGGAAAAAGAGAGGGAUGAGCAUCAUUCCUACCAAAUUUGGCAUCAGUUUCACUGUCCCAUUUCUGAACCAGGCUGGAGCUCUGGUCCAUGUGUACACAGAUGGCUCUGUGUUGCUUACACAUGGGGGAACUGAGAUGGGUCAAGGACUUCACACCAAAAUGAUUCAGGUUGCUAGCAGGGCCCUGGGAGUCCCCACCUCCAAAAUUUACAUCAGUGAGACCAGCACAAACACUGUCCCAAAUACCUCCCCGACAGCCGCUUCUGUCAGCGCCGACAUCAAUGGAAUGGCCGUCCAUAACGCGUGUCAGACUAUCUUAAAAAGACUUGAGCCAAUCAAACAGUCUAAUCCCAAAGGGACCUGGGAAGACUGGAUUAAAACCGCCUACGAGAGCUGUAUCAGCCUGUCAGCCACGGGGUUUUAUAGAAUUCCUGACGUUGGCUAUGACUUUGAAAAGAACGAAGGGAAACCAUUCUCCUACUUCAGUUACGGAGUUGCCUGCUCUGAGGUUGAGAUAGAUUGCCUGACAGGUGACCACAAGAACAUUCGCACAGACAUUGUUAUGGAUGUUGGUACCAGUCUAAACCCAGCCAUAGAUAUAGGACAGAUAGAAGGAGCCUUUGUCCAGGGCAUUGGGCUCUUUACCAUGGAGGAGCUGCGCUACUCUCCUGAAGGCAACUUGUACACUCGAGGGCCUGGCAUGUACAAAAUCCCAGCAUUUGGAGAUAUCCCAACAGAAUUCUACGUGUCCCUUCUCCGUGAUUGCCCCAAUAGCAAGGCAGUCUACUCAUCCAAGGCUGUGGGAGAGCCACCUCUGUUCCUGUCUGCCUCAGUGUUUUAUGCCAUUAAAGAUGCCAUCUACUCAGCGAGGAAGGACUCUGGCCUGACGGAGGCGUUCAGGCUGGACAGCCCUGCCACCCCAGAGAGGAUCCGCAAUGCUUGUGUGGACAUCUUCACCAAAAUGUGCCCUUCUGCUGAACCAGGGACCUUUAAACCAUGGUGUGUGCGUGUGUAGAAGGAAAGUUUUAGGAGCAAACUCUGCUGAAACUGACCUUACACUAGAGGAACCACAAGGCAGUAGGACUGUAAUGGAGAAAAAAAAAACAACCUGUGUUCAUGUGGCUCACCCACUGAUUCACGGAGCUUUCAUAUUUAAUUGUCCAAUCAUUGUUUUCUCUAUAAGGGGGAAUUGCUGCCAGAUUAUAGCUGUGAUGUAAAUUCAAAUGAAGAGUAAGUUUAAGGAGAUGUUAUCCAGGUGUAAUUGAAAAAUCUUACAGGUUUCAUAUAAAAUUGCUGCAAGGAUGCUUCUAACCAGCCAAUGUGAAAUAAUAGGGUGGUUGUUUCAUCUUUUUCCUGCUAUGGGGAAAAGAUGUAUCACCUUGUGAUUCUAUGCCAAGAAGGACUUAAAUGUGUUGAGCCCAGACACAGAGUCCUCUAGCUGAGACGGGGAAAGGUGUAAGAGGUGCUGAGGGCUGGACCCUGCCGUGUCCCCUUUGCACAUAAAGCCAGCUAUAUCUUAGAGGGAGAUGAGCAGGACUUUUCAUCUUGGCUAAUGAAGGUUGUCUUACCUGUGUAAAAGUGUUUCAGAGGAAAAGGCUAAAAUGUGACCAAUAACUGAUUUACCCCAAGUUCAAUGACUGUUGCUUUGUCUGCACCUGGGCUUUGAGAUUUCAGUUCAAGCGCUACCUUGUCUCCUCUGAUUAAAGAUAAAAACUAAAUAUACCAAGAGUACUUCCAGCAAGAUGCUGCUUUGUUUGACACAGACUUUUCCCAUCCCACACCUCCACAUCUCUCCCCAUCCUUCAAAUAGGAAAGGACAUCAGAGACCUUAGAAUGACAUAACUUUGCUCAUCAAUGUUCCCAAGGCAAUUUAUACCAGCCUAAGCAAGGGGCAUGAGGAGGUUGGGCACAGCUGGGGAUUAGCCAGUUCUGGGUGCCCUCUAGGGUCAAUCCCUUGCUGUCAUGGCCUUGCCUUCUUUUCAAGAGAAUUCUUAGUUUUGCUGAAUGUAAGAGAAUGGGUACAUUUUGCUACAGGGACUGCUUGUCUGAAAAAUGUGCUGACUAUGUGAUGACCUGGUAUCAUCUGGAUUGAAUAUAUUUUUCAUGUUGGAUUUAGUGCUGGGCAUCCCUCCUGACAGGUUUUGUCACUGUCAGAUUCAACACUGAAACACUAUGUUAUCUCUAGAUGGUGUCAGCCACAUACUGUGCCUCCUUAUCAUUUGCAAACUUUUAUCUGUUUUUCUAACCUACUGCUUUAUGAAAAUUUCCUUUUUCUCUUUUUGCACUCCCAGGGCCAUCAAAAAAUAUGGUGCAAGAGGAUGUAACUACUUAUAUAAAAUUCUGCUCAUGUACAAACUUCUUAAAAUUUGCCUUCAUCUUAGGACUGGACAAUGUAUGCUCAGUGCGAAAUAUUUUUUUUAAGCACUCCAGGGUAUAUUGCUCUACCAUCUAGAAGAAGAGAAUUCAUAUAUGUGAGUUGCAGGAAGAAUUUUGUGCCUGCUGGGCUUGCUAUGUAAUUGUUUUAUUAAUUGAAAUACAAUAUUGGUGUUUCUUAAUCUCUGAGGUACUGGGUAAGAACACAUUUUUGUUUCCUCCUGAAAGUUGGUAGUAUUUAAAAAACCUCUUAGAGAAGAAAAGGUGGUAAUUCAUGUGCAAGAACAGCUAUUGGAGCCUGUGUGUCCACAUUCUUGGAUGUCCAGGGAGGGAUGCAAAAUACAAAGUCUGUAAGGUAGAUUGGUAUCAGCUAUUUCUGUGAAUUCCACCUUGUGGGAUUGCUGGACAUGCUCAUUCAGACCAGGAUGAGAAGAAAUACAAAGGUAAUGUGUGUUAAAGCAGAGCAUGGGGACACAGGCACAGUGGGGUAUCAAGGAGCUCCCAGUGUCAUCCCAGGGGAAAGUUGCCUGUGUUCACAAUAGGCCUGCCUUUUGUCAUGGUCCUGGGAGAUGUUGGGAUGUCACCAGCAAGACGAAAAAGUGCUCUUUCUCCCCUUGGUUUUGGAAUUUUCAUCAUUUCAGGAUAGGCCCACGAGUGUCUCAUGCAGUCACAGUGACUGCCUGGCCAGGUGAAAUUUUUUAAAAUUAGAUGUGUCAAGUCUCUGUUUUGCUACUUGCUUUGUGAGUUAAUUUGAAGCACAUUUGCCAAGUUCUGUGUACGUGCAGAGGUCAGAACAGGCUGUUCAGAGCAGACCUGUGGAGCCAGUUUUGUUGCAGCAUCAGUGAGCUAUUCUUUCCCAGGCAGCAGCCUCAUGCCCAGCCCAGCUUGGGGCCCUCUUGAUACCCUUGCCCAGCUGAUGGAGAGAGGAAACACUUCCCUUUUGAGGUGCACUGGAAUUGAAUGUAAAUUGUACCAAACACCUGGGGAGGGCAAUGGUAUAAAAUCAAGGUUGCAAAGUAAUGACAGCAACCGAUUGGGAGGGUGUAGGGAAAAGGCAAGCUUGGAGGCUAAACAGGAUUUACAGAAAUGUCAUUGUACUACCUGCCUGUGCUGUGGGACUCUAAGGAGCAUGAAGCUGAGGUUUUGCUGUCACCUCUCAAUGUCUGAACAUUUCAUACAUUGCUUUCCCAUGGAACUAAGUGCCUGGCACCUUAGGAAAAGGCUGGGGAGGGCUGGCAGGAAGAGAAGAUCCCUGACUUGAGGUGUGCUCUGCACUGCAAAACUGUGGGGGAGCAGCUCUCCUGCCCUGAGUGCACAGCACUGUCCCCUGCCAGGUGCUGUGUCCCAUCUCCUCACACCCCAUCUUGCUGUGUGAGGCUUCAUCUCACGUCAUUGGAGGGAAAGCUACUCAUGAAGAGAAAAAUGUUCCUUUUCUAGUACUUUCCAGUGAAAUAGAGCACGGAUACAAGACUCUAAUUUAAUGGCAUAUAAUUGGAAAUUUGCUGCUUUUCUUCUUUCAGAAGUCUAUCCUCAGAAGAGGAACUAUGCCAUCUUGCUAGACUGUAAAGUACUGCGCACAAUAAUGGCACUUAAAUAGUAAUUACUGCAGCUGGAGAGUUUGUGGGAGUGUGAAAGGAGCCCAGCUGAUCUGAUGUUUUAAUGCUAUUAAUUGCAUGGCUUUCUGUGAGAGAGCGAGGCCAAGAUUUUGGUAAUUGUUUUAGGUCCGUUCUAAUCAACAGUUUUCACUAACAUUCUUUAAUGAGCACUGUCGAAUUGGUACCAUGAAUGUAUGUGGAAUUCUCUGUGAAUGUCACAACAUUGCAAAAUAAAGCUGCUAAAUACUCUGGAAAC